GGUAAAGCUCAGUUUUGUCCGCGUCACCCCCUCAGCAAGCAGCCAGCUAUAUCUGUGUUAUCUUCGCAGGUAGAAAUUCAGGAAACGAGUUUCCGUGUUACAUUUGACACCAGUUUUACAUUACCAUCCAUAGAAGAAUACAAAAAAAACUGCCUAGGACUUCGAAAAUCUUGUGAAAGUUUCAAACUAUACCUCAAUUCGUAUCGUAGAGUUCGAUUUCCAAGCAUCACCAACUUUCUUUCAUUAAUUCUCAGUUUCAUCGUCGUGGAAUCUGUUUUACUCUAUUCAAACAUAAUCUGUCAAAUAAUAUUCCCAUUAUUCUUCGUGAAUAAAUUACAGUCUUGAGUAAAAUCUUCUUGAAUUGGAACAAUGACUCCUCCAAAGUACCUUACAAGUGGACUGUUGAAAGUUCACGAGUAAGGAACCUCUUAGGAGGACAAACUUUUGAAGUCAACCCUUAAUUUUUUUCAAUCUCCUGUACUGAAAUACAAUAAUGGAACUAUCCGUGCUUAUUAUCACAAUUUUGGCGCUAAGUGCAAACUUAGCGUCGGGAAAAAACACUGAAAGUAAUGAGCUUGAAGCGGCGAUACAGGAUAUUUUCAAAGAGUUUUUCGGACUUAGUCCACCAGAAGCGCAUCACCUGACUCCGCCGCCGAGACACAUGUUGAAUCUCUUCCGCAAAUACACGAGUGAGCACGCUGGCAAAGAUAAGGACUUCGACAACCCCAACACCAUAAGGAACAUUUUCCCCACCACAGGUCCGGCCAGCCUAUCCGACCUGGUACUGUUCAACGUGUCAAGCGUGCGCGAAAGCGAAUCGCUGCAACUGGCCCAAAUCCACCUGAACCGACGCCGCCUGCACCCCCGCCUCCACACCCACCCCAACCGCCACAGCCGUCUCCUGCCGCCUCCGCACCGCCUCCGCCUCUACCAGGUUACCGGCACUCGGCUCACCACCCUCGGCUCCGUCCCCCUGCCGCAGGUCGCUCGCCGCGGAUGGCACUCCAUCGACAUCACCGAUCAGCUCAACGAACUCCUCCUGCAUCCGGGGCUCACACGAUCGCUGCUAGGCGUCAGAUUCGAGGCGUCGAACCGGAGAUCGCUGACGCCUAAGCACUUCCUGCGGGACAACCCCGGAUCGCCGGCGGCCUUCCUCAUGCUCUACUCCGAGGACGACCCCGACGCCUGGGAGGAGGGCGAGGACGAGGAGGAGGACAACGAGACCUCGAAGCGAGCGAACCGCCCGCACACGCACGACCUCGCCAUGAAGAUCCAGAAGGUGAGCGGCGGGGGAUCGCGAGGCAAGCAGUGGUCCGCCGAGAUCAGCAACGAUCUGUUUCCCGGAUCAGCCACCUCCUCCAACAUCAUCCUCAACAAAGUCAAUGCGUCCGCUAUGACUGCCAAGCAUGGCGUCCACCAUUUGAAUAGGGUGGACGGUGACAGCAAAAUAGUGGUGACAAAGCACAUGGCUCGGCAGCUGCCCCCGAGCGAGAGGCAGCGGCGCUCACUGGAGGCGGGACUCAGUCCGAUCGACGAGAUGGAAGACGCCAACGACGCCGCUCGUUUAGCCGACGCAGACGGCGACGGCGACGCCAAAGCGCGACAGAGUCGCAUGAUCAUCAGAGGUCGCGCCAAGCCUGAGCCCACACGAAGGCCGACCGUGGAGCCGAUGGCUGAACAGUGCAGUGUGCAGGCGUUGACUGUUGACUUUGCCGACAUCGGUUGGGAUAAGUGGAUCUACGCGCCGAAAACAUUCGAAGCACGCUUCUGCGCAGGCUCCUGCAUGUUCCCUAACGCAUUGCAACUGGACAGUGAGAAUCAUACAAAUGAACUUGUGAGUAGUUUUAAAAAUAAAAUUUAAAUUUACAUAAAUUGCAUUAGUAAAUGGUAAAUAUGGUUCCAACACAAGUUAACAAUUCUAUCGAAAAGACUCUCCAAAGGGAAAGCAAAUGGAUAGAGAAGUGAAACCUUAAGGGAAUUUUAGUU